UUAUAUUUGGGACCAAUGGAAAACGCUUAGAUCGUUUCAUUUCCACUUGCGUAUCCGAGUUCAUUGGCAUCGGACGUUUAUUGUUAAAUCGCGUUAAGAAAGUUUACAGAUAUUCAUAUUUCUAAAAAAUUUUUCACAUCCCGUGAAAAUCUUUCAAAAUUUUUAGAAAAAUUCUUUUUUUUUUUUAUUACAUUAAAAUGUAUCUAUUAUAAUUUGACUUCUCGUUUUGAAUCAGUGUCGAAGAAUUGAUAAAACCGUUCAUUAUCGGGAUGGAUACAAAAUGAAAUGAAACAUUUUAGAAUAUAUGAUCUUUAUCAACUAAAAACACUCUGGACCGAAUGACGCACCUUUUUUUGUGGAAAGAAAUAUUUGAAAGCAACGAGCGCAUCGAAAGUAUUUAUCAUCUUAAAAUAAUCGAAUCCAUUCUCCAUUCUCCUGUGAUCAAUCCUUCAAAGAGGAAGGUUACUAUCGUUCGUAUAUAUUCAACUCGCUUUCCAUAAUAAUGUUUCUCGUGACGUGAGACUGAUAUUCAUAUAUCAGACACAAUUGGAAUCUAGAAGAAAAUUAUUCCUCCGAAAAACAAAAAGUGCACCUACCUACUCAAUCAAGUUGUUGACAGGAUAAUCAUUCCAAAAUGGCGAGUGUGGAUACCGAUUUGGAGGAGAUGAUGUCGCAUCUUGGGGAAUUUGGAAAAUAUCAAGCCUGGCAAUUUGCAUUACAUAUAAUAGCUGGAUUAACAGCAGGACUUCAUAUGAUGACAUUGACAACCGUUGCAGCAGUACCCGAUCACAAGUGUUUAUUACCUACAUUUGACUUAAAUGUAACUGAUUUUCGACCAAUUGAUUCAACAUUUAAGCUUGAUGACAAUUCAUGGAAUGAGUCUCAUUUUCAUCAUGGUCCAAGAGCAGUAGAUGACAAUAGUUGUAUUUAUUUUGAUGAAAAUAAUAAUACAAAAACAUGUGAAGCUUGGACUUAUAAUACAACGUAUUAUAAAUCUUCACGCGGUAUGGAGUGGAAUUUUGUUUGCUCACGAAAAUGGAUGGGAGCAAUUGCACAAUCAACCUAUAUGUUUGGUGUAUUUGCCGGUGCUGUUAUUUUAGGUAGCAUGGCUGAUAAAUAUGGAAGGAAAAUAAUUUUCUAUGUUUCAUCAGUGGCACAAUUGAUUUUGGGUGUUUUGGUUGCUCUAGUGCCGGAAUAUUAUACGUUCCUUGUUGUUAGAUUUCUGUAUGGUGUUUUUGGAUCAGCUGGAGCUUAUAUUACUGGUUUUGUCCUAACAAUGGAAUUAGUUGGUCCAUCGAAAAGAACCAUUUGUGGAAUAAUGUUUCAGGUAUGUUUUGCGAGUGGUUUUAUGUUGGUGGCUGCUUGGGGCGCUGUUAUUAAGGAUAGAAUGUGGUUGCAAAUAAUCUAUGGCCUACAUAGUGUAUUAUUGGUGGGACAUUGGUGGUUAAUGGACGAAUCUCCAAGAUGGUUAUGGGCACAGGGACGAGUUCGUGAAGCAGUAGCGAUAGUUCAGAAAGGAUUGAAGAUGAAUGGAUGCACUGAUCAAAGGGAUAUUGCGUCUCUUGUUACGAAGAAUAAAGCUCAACGAUCGACACAAGAGGAACGCUCUUAUGGAGGAUUGGAUUUGUUUAAAACACCGAAUCUUCGAAAAAAGACAUUAAACGUUUGUUUAAAUUGGUUCGCGAAUUCAAUAGCCUAUUAUGGUCUCUCGUUAAAUGCGAAGAAUUUAGAUGGCAAUCCUUAUUUGAUGUUAUUCUUUAGUGGACUUGUUGAAAUUCCAAGUUAUGCUUUUACAACAUGUCUUAUGGAUCGUACUGGACGAAGAAGUUUGUUGAGUACGUUUAUGCUUGUUGGUGGAAUAUGCUGCAUCAGUGCAACACAGGUGCCUGAGGAUGAAAAGGGAGCAAUCACAUUUAUCAGCCUGUUGGGUAAAUCGUGCAUCGCAGGAUCGUUUGCUAUAAUUUACAAUUACACGGCUGAAUUGUUCCCGACGGUAGUAAGGAAUACGGCACUUGGAAUUGGAUCAAUGUGCGCACGUUUAAGUGGUGCUCUAACACCAAUGAUUAUGUUAUUGGAUUCCUUUAAUCCAAAAGUACCACCAAUUGUUUUUGGAUUUAUAGCAAUUGUCUCGGGAUUUUUGGCACUCUAUUUACCUGAGACGGUUAAUCAACCUAUGCCAGAAUCAUUGGAGGAUGGUGAAAAUUUUGGACUUGGGGAUACAUGUUUUGCAAGUUGCUCGGGUAGAAAGAGAAAGGCCGCUUAUGAAAUUGCCAUGCAGAAAGUGAAUGAUGUUGAUAAAGAUGAGAAGAACGUGACAAAACCUGUUGAUGCGUAAAAUUAAUGUGAUUCCAAAUUUUUUUUAGUGCACAAAAAGAAAAAACAGUAUAAAUAAUUUUUAUUAAAUGAUUCUUUAUUUCUAUUUAUUAAUAGAGCUAAAGGAUCAUUUUAUUAAUCUUUUCAAAAAUUGUUUAAAAAUACUUUCUAUGAUGAUUAUGAAUGGAGUUAUCGUCUUUUAAUGACGGUGUAUUAAAACGAAUUAAAAGAGCAUUUGAUUCAUUAGGUAAAAAAAUGUGAUUUAAAUAUUAUGAGGUGACUAUAAAUAUUAAGUUUAAUUAUAUUCAUAUUCUUAUUUGUAAAGGACGUUCUAAAAAAUAAUAUUGAUCGUUUUUUUUUUAUAGAUAAUACAUAUAUUUUUUCUACAUUAGAAUGAACAGGCCGAAUUAUGACCGAAUAUUGACCGAAUAUUGUUUCAAUAAUUUAUUUCAAAAUUUUUUCUCUAUACUGUAUAACAGUUGUAAAACAAUUUAUUUUUUGAUUGAAAAAGUAAUUUUUUCGUUUAAAACUUUAUAAUUUGUUUUUGCUCAAGUUUAUUUUAAUUUAUGAAAAGUGGAACUUUGAAAUAUGAAAAUUGUUUUUUCUUCUUCGUAUUGAUUAAAAUUAAUUUAUAAGUUAGCGGUAGGUAAUGUAAAUAAGAAAAUAGAUAAUGAAAUUAAAUAUAAUAUGUCUACUGUAAUUUAAUAAAUUAUGCUUUCAUGUGAAUUAUAUUUUUGUACAGAACUAUCAAAAUUGACUCAAAUGUCUUUUUUUUAAAAAAAAAAAACAUGUAGACAUAAAAAUAUAGCAAACUGUUCUAAACAUAUUUAUACAAAUUAUUGCAAAUCAAUGAAAUAUAUUUUUCAAAUGUAAAAAUAAAUGAAAAAUAGUUGAAUUAUUUAAUAAGCCUUGUAUUUUUAUUCUCUUUUUAAUUAGUUGUCUUGAAAAACAAAAGUCUAAAGAAAAUUAUAUAUAUAGUGUAAAAAAAAAAAAAUGUCUAAUUCUAUCUUACAAUACCUUUAUGGCUAAUUAUUUUCUCGUAACAUUCUUUUUUCCCGCCCGCGUGCAGUAAAAUGUAUGUAAUGGAAAAAGUUAUUCGCUUAAACUACAACCACAAUUUUUUCCAAUCGCACAAACUUAGACGAGCAAAGUAAAUAAACGUGAAAUUGCUUUUUAAAUUUUUUAUUACUUAUUUGAUUGAAAUUUUAUUUUCAAUUCAAUAAAUAUAUUUUUAAUGAAAUUUUUUUUUUUUUAAAGUGUUAAUUAAUUCAAUUAAAAAAUAAUAUGUCAAGGAAAUUUCACAUCUAUUUAAAUUUAAAUGAAUCACAAAAGUUGAAUAUAUAUGCGUGUUUCGCACAAAUCACAUGCUUAUUUUUUCGAUUUCGUUGCAUACAUAAUAUAAACCUAUUUUCCGCUAUUAGACUAUGAGAGCAAAAUCGAGUUGCAGUUAAGUGAGGCCACUACCCCACUUAACUAUACACUUUACUUUUCUUCAUUUUCUUGAAAAUUAUUGUAUGUACUUUGGUAUCAGUAAUUUUUACAAAAAAAAAAAACAUAUUUGAUUUAAAAAAUUUACAAUAGAUAGUAAAAAUAAUUAUAUUUACUAAGAAAUAGGAAUGUUAAAAUAAAAAAUAAAAUAAUAAUAAAUUAUUAAUAGAUAAAAUAAAUUUUUAAUUUGCAAUUUUUUUCUAUAGUAUAAAAAUUGUUUGUAAUACACGAUUGACAAUUUUAUUUCUUCUUUUGAAAAAUCUCCCUCCAGUUGUGCUAUAUAUCUUUUCAAUGUUUCACUGACAGUGAAAAGAACAGCGUGUGCGCAUCAGCGCGCUCAAUAACGAACUGCCAAGAGAAAAAUAGAAGAAUACAAUAAAAAAAAAAAAUAAAAAAAAAAAAACAUUUUUGUUUACCAUUGAAGUAUUCGGAUAAAAUAUAUUCGCUCAAAAAAUUGUUAUUUUUGAUCCGGAAAAAGCAGGCGUUUCAACGGCAAAGUUUUCUUGUUCGAUGUAGGAGUUUUCGCUAUGCAAAUUGCAAGAACGACAAAAAAAAAAAAAAAACUUUUUACUCACCCUGGCAAUCAAAGAGAAUGAGAGGCACAAACGGAACUGUAUUUUACAUUUUAAAAAAUGUCGCAUGAGGUUUCGCACAUGAAAGCAUCAAAAAAAUAAAACAAAAAAAAAAGAAAUUCAUUAUUUCAUUAAAUAUUUACACGUAAAUAAAUUUUGCAGUAAAAAUAAUUUUAAAAUGUACACUCAAUUAUAAAUUAAUAAAAUAAGUUUUAUAGAAAUUAUAAUCAAAUAAAGAAUCUAAAUUAAUCUUGA